AUGUCCGAGGAGCUGGCCCCGGGCCCCGAGGGCCCACCGGCGCCACCGGCAGGCCCCCGAGAGGUGUGGAAGAAGGGCGGCCGCCUGCUGUCGGUGCUGCUGGCCGUGAACGUGCUGCUGCUCGCCUGCACGCUCAUCAGUGGCGGCGCCUUCAACAAAGUGGCAGUGUAUGACACCGACGUGUUCGCGCUGCUCACCGCCAUGAUGCUGCUGGCGGUGCUCUGGAUCCUCUUCUACCUCCUCCGCACCACGCGCUGCCCGGACGCGGUGCCCUACCACGACGCACACGCAGGCCCCAUCUGGCUCCGAGGUGGACUGGUGUUGUUUGGGAUCUGCACUGUCGUCAUGGAUGUCUUCAAGACCGGGUACUACUCCAGUUUCUUUGAGUGUCAGUCGACCAUCAAGAUCCUGCACCCCAUCAUCCAGGCUGUGUUUGUCAUUGUCCAGACUUACUUUCUCUGGGUCUCUGCUAAAGACUGUAUCCACAGCCACCUGGACCUGACCCGGUGUGGACUCAUGUUCACCCUCACCACCAACCUGGCCAUCUGGAUGGCAGCUGUGGUGGAUGAAUCCGUGCACCAGGCCCACUCCUACAGCAGCUCUCACAACAACGCCAGCCUCGCCAGCCUCACCCGCCUCGCCCCUGACCUGGAGCGUGCAGGCAGCACUGUCGGAGGAGAUCCAUGCUCCUGUGACACGAACAUCUGCCAGAUCUUCCAGCAGGGGUAUUUCUACUUGUAUCCCUUCAACAUUGAGUAUAGCCUCUUUGCCUCCACCAUGCUCUACGUCAUGUGGAAGAACGUGGGCAGGUUGCUUGCCUCUUCCCAUGGCCAUGCUCACACCCCAUCUCGGGUCAGCCUCUUCCGGGAGACCUUUUUUGCUGGCCCAGUCCUGGGCCUAAUGCUCUUUGUGGUGGGACUGGCUGUCUUCAUCAUCUAUGAGGUCCAAGUGAGUGGAGAGGGAGGAUGCACUGAACAGGCUCUGGUCAUCUACUACAGUUUCAAUAUCGUCUGUCUGGGGCUCAUGACCUUGGUCAGCUUGAGUGGCUCAGUCAUCUACCGUUUUGACCGUCGGGCCAUGGACCACCAUAAGAACCCCACACGCACCCUGGAUGUGGCCCUGCUGAUGGGUGCCGCCUUGGGCCAGUAUGCCAUUUCCUACUACUCCAUUGUGGCUGUGGUGGUGGGCACACCUAGGGACCUACUUGGGGGGCUCAACUUGGCCCAUGCUCUACUCAUGAUCGCCCAGCACACCUUCCAGAACGUGUUCAUCAUUGAGAGCCUUCACCGAGGACCACCCGGGGAUGAACCUCAUGAAACAGCCCCCAAGGAGCCCUACCAAGGCCUCACCUUUGCCAACCUAGAUGCCCUCCACACUUUGCCUACCUGCCCACCUACUCCCAGGCUAGUCAGCCCUAACCCAGAAGGCCAUCAGGAAGCAGUAGCCAUCAUCUUGGCCCCCAGGGGCCACUGGAAACGCCGGUGCCUAAAAGACAUUUCUCUGUUUCUCCUGCUCUGCAAUGUCAUUCUGUGGAUCAUACCAGCCUUCGGUGCCCGCCCUCACUUCAGCAAUACGGUGGAGGUGGACUUCUAUGGCUACUCCCUCUGGGCGGCCAUCGUGAACAUCUGCCUGCCUUUUGGUAUCUUCUACCGCAUGCACGCCGUCUCUAGCCUGCUGGAGGUCUACGUGCUGUCUUGA